GUCGGCCGUCAUCGUUGCUCAUUGUGGUGUAGUUCCCGCUGGGUUUUCCCCGCCGGUCAAGAAAUUCGAGCGCCGUUUGUUCGAGUGUCGAUUUGCCGUGAUGUGUCUGUCGUCUUAGUGCGUGUGUGCUCGAGUGCUGCUGUUUCGACUACCAAGUCCGAAAAUAGAAGAGGGAGCGCCAGAGGAACAAAAUGAGGGUCUGGGUCUCGUUGUCGACAAGCUGGUGUUGCGUGCUGGGUCUGAUGCUGUUAACAGAAUGUAAAGAUCUGUUCGAACUCACGGCCGUCGUUCCUAGGUACGCUAAAUUGGGCGAGAGCGUGGUACUCAAGUGCAAUCACACCGUUUCCGAAAACGAUCUAUACAAAGUCCAAUGGACCAAGAGCGGUAACAAACUGUUCCAGUACAUCCGGGGUCGAAAGCCGCCUUACAUCAACAACUCCAUACCCGGUGCUCAGAUAGACUGGGAUAACACGGAACCCUCACAACUGGGUCUUCUCAACUUACAGCACGAUGCUUCCGGUCAAUACGGUUGCACGGUUACCUUGGAAUCGCCUAUUUAUAGCAAAAAUUCAGAAUACCGAGACCUCACCGUUAUCAAAAUUCAAGAAAGAGACCCGGUAAUAAAAAUAUCCAAAGUCGUAUUCAACGUGGGCGAGAUCUUGGAAGCUACUUGCACUUCGGGUCCAUCGAAACCCGUACCGGAAAUAACUUGGCUCAUCAACGGACGAAAGCCGCCCGACACGUACAUGAAGCCCAUCGUCAAAGCUGCGUUGAACUCGGCCGCGGCCAUGCUGUUGACACUGCCGGUGUCAGAGCGACUAGGCGCCGAAGUGCACCUCACCUGCCUGUCCACCAUUCCCGGGUUCCUGGGCCACAAUCAUCUGGAUUACGCCGACUACAGAACGCAGUCUAUCAUAGUGAGUGUGGCAGCCAAACCCGAGCCCGUUACCGCGGGUUGCGCCAAACAAAUCAUCAACAAGUUGACCGCGAUGAUCACAGCCACCGUCAUCGUCUUUGGGAUACAAAAACGAUAUUAAUUAACUACUCUUCCAAUUACUUACACCGCUCUAUGUAACCGUAACGGUGUAUUUACCGUGCAUUUAUUGUUGUUCCUCCCGCCCUCUCCCACACUGAGUUUCUUAUCGUCCAUCCUUUCCUUUUGUCUGCUUAUCUCUGAAUAUUUAUUCUCAAUAGCGUCUCGCUCCUUAAAUAAUUUACCGUGGCUUCGGAUCUCAAUCAAAUAGAAUCUUUUGGACAGGCCACAACAGCGUUUUCAUCUUUAAAAAACUGCUACAACUGCUACUACCUCCGUAUUCUAUCAAAUUCUAAAAAAAAUCAUAAAUUGUUGUUCCACUUAAGCUGCGCAUUAUUUCUGAAAAAUCGUGUUUGUAAUAAUUAACAUUUAUUGUGAGUUUAUUUCUAAAUAAAAAAAUGUAAAUACAUUAUAUAUAUUAUAUUAAUAGUUUGAAUUUUGUCGGCACAGGAUUGAACAUUUCUUUC